AUGAACAACGACGACGACAACAACAACCCUAAGGAAUCCUCCUCCCCUGAUAAGCCCUCCUCCGCUGAGAAACAACAACUCAGCCAUGAGUCGCCUCAGGCUGGUGAUGCUGAGAGUGUUACUGUUACUGUUGCUGUCACCCCAACAAAGAAGCGGAGAGGCGCACGAAAGGAAGAAGCGGGUGCAACGAGCAGUGGCGUUCAAAAGCCAAAGAGGAAGGUGGAGUUGCUGGAUCCUCCUACGCGCGACCCUGACUGCGUCGUGUGUGGGAAGCACUUCCACUCCUGGAAGGCUUUGUUUGGACACAUGAGGUCCCAUCCGGAUCGUCAAUGGCGUGGGGUCUUUCCUCCACCAACUGGAACUUGGGACCCUUUUGGCUUACUGCAGGAGAGAGAUGAAAUCGCUUCGACUCUUCUCAGUGUGGCUGAGGGCGUGCUGGCAAGCAUGAAUGCAGCAGGUAGCACUGCUGAAGGAAAUGAGGGUGGUGGUGGUGACGAGGCUUCCGCUUCUUUGCCAAGGAGAGGAGGUCUAGGGUUUGAUCUCAACGAGCCGCAAGAGGAAGGGUCUGGUUCGAAAUCUCCCAAGUUUGAUCUGAAUUUGCCUGCUCCAGAGAAGGAUGAUGAGGACAGUGCCUCUUCUUAA